AUGACGCCGCUGUCACCAGCAAAGGAAUCUAGACUGAACAUUGCCACAUCCCCUACUGAAGAAACAACCCGCGGUUCCUUUGAGCAGCACCAACGCUACUACGAGGUCCACACCGACACUGAGACAACCACGAGUGGUGAUGGUAGUAGCGACAACACCAACACCAGCAGCACGAACACUACUUUAACUUCCCCCACAAACGACACCGAGAAUAUGCCACCGUCUCCGCCGAAUUCUUCGCCGUCGCCGCCUUCCGCGCCGCCUACGGCAAUCAAGCCGCAGCGCCAUUCUCGCGUGAUGUCUGGCACCGCGCCCUCACCGCUCAAAAUACUCGCGGGUUCCGAGACAACGGAAAAGCAAGCGCGGAGCCCUCUGCGCAAGACACUCCUCUCUCCCGACAAACGCUUUCCCAUCAGGGUGAGCAACUCGACCAUCGAGUCUCCUCGUUCUUCCUCUGUCACAUCCUCUUCUCCCCAAGAGCGUAGCAUCAGCUUGGACGAAGCCAUGAACGACAACGAGGGACUCAAGCACGCUAUCGAGAUUUUCGAGGACGACGAUGUAACUGGCCUCGAGAACGAUGAUCAAAUUACAAAUGACACAAGCAUUAUGACUGUUGCCGAGACUGGCGACCAUCAGCCAGAGGCCGAUAUUGGCUACGAGGACCAGAGCAGUCUCAAUGCCCCCGACGAGACCAUGAUGAGCGCUUUUAGCACCUUCUCCGCCGUUCCUAACCUGACCACUUUCGCGAAGCUUGGCCUGACACCCCAAAAGUAUUCCAGCAUGAGCGGCACGACCCCGCGAGGGAGAUCCGAGACCAUGCACGAGCAGACUCCGCGAGAGGGUGGAAAUACCACAAAUCUUUUGGAUUUUACCGGCAGCCAACGGUUUCCCCACAAGUCGCCCUCCAGGCGGGGAAACACGUCGCCUUCCAGAGCAAACCCUAAUGCCACUCCCGCGCGUCAAAUGUCAAACCUACUUGACUUUGACAUCCCCCCUCUGCCUACACCUCGCAGUAUCCCGACCAUCACACCGCGAGAGCUCGAGAGCCUGAAGUCGAACUUCCUCUCGGAGAUUAGCAGCCUGAAGGCGUCGCUGAGCGGCAAGGAGGCCGAGGUCCUCUCCCUCAAGGCCGCUAUCGGCGAUGCUGAGAAGCGGGUCGGGCAGAGCCAGGAGGAGGCUCGUGAGGAGCGGUCGCUGCGCGAACAAAUCGCCGAGGAGAAAGAUGCCUGGGAGAACAGUAGCCGCGAGAUGGAAGCAGUCCUCCGCAGCGUAAAGGAAGAAAUUGUUCAGAGCACCCGCGAACGCGAGGAGCUCGAGUCCAAGCUGGCCGAGAGUGAAGCCCGUCGCGAGGCCGCUGAGACCAUGGCUCAAGAGGCCGAAAGCAAGCUGGCCAGCAUGCGCGCGGGCAAGCCCGAGAAGGAGGGUUCGUCCGAUAAGAAGGCCGGCGCCGCUGCGACGUCUAAGGAAGUCGAAAUCGCCGUCGAGCGUGUCGCCCGCGAGCUACACGCCCUCUACAAGGGCAAGCACGAGACCAAGGUCGCCGCCCUCAAGAAGAGUUAUGAGACUCGCUGGGAGAAGAAGGUGCACGAGCUCGAGGUCAAGAUCGAGGAGCUCACCCAAGACAACGAGAAGAUCCGCGUCAGCCGCGACGCGGCGCCUCGCGUCGACCCUGCUCAGCAGGCCAUGCUGGAGGAGCUCAAGGCCAACGCCAUCACCGACUCAGCUCACAUCAAGGAGCUUAGCGCCGAGGUUGAGAAGCUCGAGGCUGUAAUUAUGACGGUGAAGGAGGACAACUCUGAGUUGCGCCACCUGCUCGCUCAGGAGCGUGUCGAGAAGGGUGAGCUCGUCCAGCUUGCUGAGGAGAUGAUGCAGAUGCAGAGCAGCCACGCCCAAGAAGCCGAACGCGAACGCGAACGUGAACGCGAUCGUCAGCGUGAACGGGAGUGGGAGCGUGAGCGGGAACGUGAGCGUGAAAGAGAUCGCGAGCGUGAGCGUGAGCGCGAGAGGGAGAGGGAGCGUGAGAGAGAGUAUUCCCAGCCCCUGCCGCAGCGCAAGACGGCGACCACGCCUGCGCGUACUCCCGGCGGAGCCCCCGUCAGGAGCCACACGGACACCAACAACUUCCGCAGCAGCAUUGGCCGCGGCUCGGGCCUCAAGGCGCCCGGUUCCAUCGCUGGCCAUGGACGCACCGGCAGCGCUGGCCCUGCGACCAAGGGUCUCCCUCGUCCCAGGCCCAUGAGCGAAUUCGGACCGCGAAGCGGCAUCAUGAGCUCCAUCGAGAAGAUGGGCAACCACCGGGCACGCGGAGAUUAA